CGAGACGACGCAAACCCUCACCAACGUCGACCUUUGUUUAUCGCACAUCUGCCCUUUUCUGCUCUGACUCCUCUUUUCCGUUCACGUAAUUUGGUACGCGGUCUUCUCAGAGUCAACAAGCGUAAUCGCAGUGAUGCCUACGUAGCCUGCGAAGAUCUUGAUGCAGAUAUCUAUGUGUGUGGUUCCCGUGAUCGUAACCGCGCUCUCGAAGGUGAUGUGGUUGCAAUCCGUCUGGUCGAUGUAGAGAAAAUCCUGCGCGAAAAGAGAGAAAAGGAAGAAGCCAAACUGACCCGUAACGGUGGACACAUCCGCGUACGUCAGCCCGACGAAGAAGAUGAAAACGAAAUCAUCUUUGGUGGCGAUGAAGAUGUAGACACCGUGAAACCCAAAUACUGUGGUGUAGUGGUAGCUAUCCUCGAACGUGCUCAAAACCAAGUCUUCUCGGGUACUUUAACCUUGAUGCGCCCCAACAACAAGCGUGCUCAAGAAGAAAAGGCCGCCGAAGAAGCCGGACAGGACACCGGGCGUAGAGAGACUCCACGUAUCGUCUGGUUCAAAGCUACCGACAAACGUGUACCUUUGAUCGCCAUUCCUAUCGAACAAGCACCAGUUAACUUUGUCGAAAAUAACGAAGCUUAUGCUGACCGCCUGUUUGUCGGCUCGAUCAAACGUUGGCCUAUCACCUCCCUCCAUCCUUUCGGUACAUUAGAGCGCGAGUUGGGUCACAUCACUGAUUUGCCUGUCCAGACAAUGGCUAUCUUGGCUGAUAACAAUGUCACCGACUUGCCCUUUGCUGAGCAGGUCAUGCUUUGCUUACCCCCGAUGCCUUAUAGCUUCCCUACCGAUCUGCCCGACCAUCAACGUCGUGAUUUGCGCGAUACUCGUACCUUUACACUCGAUCCCGAAAACUCUCUUGUAUUGGAUGACGCUUUCUCAAUUGAGAAAUUAGGGGAUGGUCUUUACGAAGUCGGUGUCCACAUCAGUGAUGUGGCCUACUUCAUCAAACCCCAUUCUCCCCUCGACAAGGAAGCCCGUGCCAGAGCAGUUCGUGUUGAGCUUAUGCACAAAAAUGUUCCAAUGUUGCCUACAGAACUCACCGAACAAGUCACCAAUCUAGUCCCCAAUGAGUCUAGAUAUGCAUUCUCUGUCAUAUGGAAGAUAACUUCCCGCGGUGUUAUUUGUGAUACAUGGUUUGGAAAGACUAUUGUCAGAUCAAAUGCACAGCUUUCUUACAAGCAAGGUCAAGAAGCAAUCGAAGGCUUCCCUAUCUCUGGAUUGGAGGAUAUCGCAGUUGAGCAGGAUAUUCGAACUCUCUACGAUAUUGCCACAAACCUGCGCGAAACUCGAUUUUCUGACGGUGCUCUUUCCCAGAAGGCCGAUGAGCUCGAAUUUGAGAUUGGUCCUGACAGUAGUGUCCCUAUCUCUAUCUCCACCAAAUCCGAGUUUCCUGUAUCCAGGAUCAUAAAGGAAUUCCAUCUGUUGGCCAACUACUACGUUUCCCAACGCAUUACAAGCUGUAUGCCCGAGCAGGCUCUGUUGCGCCGCCAUGCUCCUCCUCUUGAUCGCAAGAUCCGUGAGCUGCAAGCCUACGCCGAAAGUUUCCUUGGCGUCUCACUCGACAUCACCGAUGCACACACCAUCGAAAAUUCGAUAGAGUCCAUUCAGGAUUCAACCCUCCGUAAACUAAUGUCUGUCUUGGUUCUUAAAACCCUCAGCCCUCCAAAGUACUUCUGUACUGGUACUCUUGAUAUCACCAAAUUCGCCCACUACGCAUCCAACGUUCCUCUCUUCAGUCACUUUACCUCUCCCUCCACCCGCUUUGUUGAUAUCAUUGUUCAUCGCCAGCUUGAAGCAGCUCUUACUGAUGCUCGUUUCUAUCUUGACCGUGACAAUGUCCAGAAACUCGCUCAACACUCUAAUGUCAAGAGAGAAGCUGCGUUGUAUGCUCGUGCCCAGAGCAACUUGCUUUUCCUUGCAUUACAUCUCAAUAGCUUAGCCCAGCAAAACGCAGACCAUGUUGUGUAUCGCCAAGGUGUUGUUGUGGCUGUAUUCGAAAACUCUUUUGAUGUAAUGGUACCUGAACUUAACAUGGAGAAGCGUAUCCACAUUGUCAGUUUGCCUAUGCGCCAACGUCCUGUUUAUGAUCCCGUAAACCAGAGCUUGACCAUGUACUGGAAGAAGGGUCUUGACGAUGAAGCUCUUUUGGCUGAAAUGGCCGAGGAAGAAGAGGCUGAGCUUGUUGGAAUGCGCACCGAACGUUCUUUCAAGGCUCUUUCGAUUCAUGACAACGGCUCAUUACAAUAUCGCAACAACAUCAGCAGUAGCAGCAUCAUCAAUAACAACAACAACCUUAACAACUCCAACUCGGUUUCUAGUCUUAAUACAAUCAACUCUACCGGAAAUGGUUCAGUCAAUAAGCGUAUGUCGAUUAGUCGGGCUAGAAUCUCUGACGGAUCCAACUAUGGUCCUGACCAGGGUAUUCAGACCAUCAAGGCUCUUGACAAAAUCCAUGUUAUGCUUACGAUUGAGAUGGUUCGUACACCCCCUCUGAUCCGCAUUCUGGCGGCCAAUCCU